GUUCACUCUCUCUGCUUCCACAUCUUCUCGUCUCUCAGGCAACUGUUCAUCGUCAACCAUGAACAUCAACAGCUCAAUCAAUGCCUUUUCCUUAGAUCUGUUCUGGAAUCUGAGCGAUGCAAACCCAUCGGAGAAUAUUUUGGUGUCUCCGCUGAGCAUCAGUACAGCUCUGGCUAUGGUCUACCUGGGAGCCAGAGGAGAGACAGCUGAUCAAAUGGAAAAGGCCCUGUUAUUCCAACCGGUUGAAGACAUCCACGGCCAAUUCAAGCAGCUGAUCGAAGACAUCAACUCACCAUCAAAAUUAUACAAUCUGAAAACAGCCAAUCGUCUGUAUGGGGCGAAUUACGAAAAGUUCCUCAAACAAUUCGUUGAAGCCAUGCGUGACUACUACCAGGCCGACCUGAAGACUGUGGACUUCAUCGGGGCCUUGGAGGCGAGCAGAAAGGAGAUCAACACCUGGGUCGAGCAGCAGACAGAAAAUAAAAUAAAAGAUCUCCUGAAGCCGGAUAUGGUCUCUGCAAAUACGAUGCUGGUCCUGGUCAAUGCCAUCUACUUUAAGGCAAACUGGAAGAACCUCUUUAACAAAAAAAACACCAAAGAGAUGCCCUUUAAAGUCAGCCAGACUGAGAGCAGAUCAGUCCAGAUGAUGUACCAGAUUGAGAAGCUGCCCUACAAACACAUCCCUGAAUACGGUCUGCAGAUCCUGGAGCUGCCAUAUGAGAAGGAAGAGCUCAGCAUGUUCAUCCUGUUGCCUGAACAGUCCACAGACGGCUCCGACCCUCUGCUGAAGCUGGAGAAGGAGCUGACGCUGGAGAGGCUGAAUGAAUGGACCGACAGGAAAAACAUGGACGUCCAGUCAGACAUCCUCGUUCACCUGCCAAAGUUCAAGCUGGAGGAGGAGUACGACCUGAAGGAUCCUCUGAUGGAGCUGGGCAUGACGGAUGUGUUCUGCCUGUCAAAGGCCGACCUGUCUGGAAUGAACGGUGGAAGAGAUCUCUUCCUGUCUGUGGUGGUACACAAGGCCUUCAUGGAGGUGAACGAGGAGGGCAUAGAGGCGGCUGCAGCCACAGGAGCCAUCGGAACUAAGAGCUCUAAGGGGGAACCCUUCAAAGCAGACCACCCUUUCCUCUUCUUCAUCAGGCACAAUAAAACCAAGUCCAUCCUCUUCCUCGGCAGGUUCUCGUCUCCUCAGUAAACAAUAGAAGCUGUCCAAUACUGAAUAUGUUUUAAAUGGUUCUAAUAAGUAAUAUAUUAAUGUGCAGUAUAUUUCCUGCUGUGACAGAAUUAUGUAACAUAUAAACCAACGAUAAUUCAAGGACAGAAUGAUGAUGAUGAAGUGAACCAGUAUAGUUUGUAAUCAGAAAGUAUUCAUGCAGUUUAUAGCAGAAUUAAAAACUGAAAAGCAAUAGUAUAAAUUAGACUAAAGCCCACUUCAGAAAAGUUGGUCCAAAAGUUGCUGAGCUGUUUGUUAUUCACCACUGUGUCACUCUCCAUUGUUUUAUGACCUGAAACUACAUAUAAAAACAAAGAAGAAGACAAAACAGUCCCCUGACUUCUGAUUUCCUAACUGUGUCAACUCCCCUUCCUAUAGAAUGAACUAUAGCUCUUGUUUCCCUUUGCUGAGUUAUCAUGAGGGGCAUUGUGUAUCAUUCCUGCUACUGAUGAAAGGUCCAUGUUUAGUGAUAUCUACAGAAUGUUUUAGUGGUUAUACUUUGGUUUAUUAAGGUUCUUAGGCAGACACAAGAGGCACUUGUUUAUUCUGUUGUGUUAACUCUUUGUUGUCUUUAGAAGUUCAGUUGCACUAGUCCAAUACUAUUUGAACCUCAGCAUCUGGGGUUCCGAAUUUGUAAUAUUAUACAUUAUAUGUAUAUUGUUGUUAUCAGUGGAAAUAAAUCCUGAAGAGAACAA